GUUUCGUGCUUUAUUCUCUCAAAUGAGCAGCACCAGCGAAAUCGAACGCCUGGUGGCCGAGCUCCCGCCCGUCGACUUGAGCUCCAUGAACGAGCAGCAACGCGCUGCCGUGACUGCACCCGGCGGCGUGGUGUGCGUCGUGGCAGGUCCCGGCAGUGGCAAAACGCGGGUCAUUGUGCACCGAGUGGCGCACCUCAUCCAGACCGGCACUGACCCGCGCACCAUCCUCCUCGUCACCUUCACCAACAAGGCUGCCGCUGAGAUGAAGAGCCGUCUGCAGCUGCUCGUCCAGGAGCCCCUCGCCAAGCUCGUCAUGGCAGGCACCUUCCAUUCGGUGUGCGCGCGGUUUUUGCGUCGCCAUGCGCGCGACGUCGGACUGAGCUCCAACUUUUCCAUCAUUGACACGGAAGACGUGAAAGCACUGCUCAAGCGUGUGAUUCAAGAGCUCAAGGACACGAAAUGGCCCAAGGGCAAACCGCGCGACGUUAUCGAAGUUCGCACCUGCAUGCAAGAAAUAUCAAAGUGGAAAAACCAAAACGUGACGCCACAGGAAGCGCGCGUCCAGCUGCAGAAGAAGACAGCCCAGCACUAUGAAAAGCACAACAUGGCGCACGCUGCGGACGUGUUUGAAGCAUAUGAGAGGAAUCUGCGCGCAUCAAACUUGCUCGACUUUGACGACUUGAUGCUGUUUGGCCUUCGCCUCUUCCGUACCAACGAGCGUGUGCUGGCACCGUACACCCAGGCGCUCGUCGACGAGUUCCAGGACACCAACAAACUGCAGUUCUCGAUGGCAGAGACCAUGUUCCGCACCGUGCACAACAUUACGGUUGUAGGCGAUCCAGAUCAGUCGAUUUACGGGUUUCGAUUCGCAGAGCCAACGAGCUUCAAGCGCAUCCAAGAAAUCGACCCCGCACGCACAACUGUAAUCUCGCUGAUUCAAAACUACCGCUCGACGAACAGUGUCCUUCGCCUCGCCCGCACUGUCAUCUCGAGCAAGAGCAACGCGGAAAGCCUUGAGCUUUUUACCGAGAAUGGAGAUGGAGUCCCUGCUACCUUCCUCCAAGCUCAAGACCCAGACGAGGAAGCACGCGUCAUUGCGUACGAAAUUAUGCGUCUCGUUCGCAACUGCAACCUCAAGUUCUCGGAUUUUGCCAUUCUCGUGCGUGUCAACGCAAUGACACGUGCCAUCGAAACUGCACUCGCUUCCUACCAGCUCCCGUAUCGCAUGGUUGGAGGACUGCGCUUUUUCGAUCGCAAGGAAAUUCGUGAUUGCGUUGCUCUGCUCAGGCUCGUUUCCAAUCCAUCGGAUUUCAUUUCGUUUGAGCGCGUGGCAAAUGUGCCCAAACGAGGCGUCGGCGAUUCGUCCAUCUCGAAGAUCAUCGAUGAAGCGCUCAUGUACCGCACUAAUCCGCUGGGAUUGAUCAUGGAGCAUGAUCGGGUUACUGGAAUGAACGUCAACGCCUGGACCAGUCUUCAAACGUUUUGCGAGCUGUUGCUCGACUGUCGCAUGCGCCACAUGUCUGGAAAGCUGAACGUCCGAGAUAUGCUGCACACAAUCCUGACCAGAAUUGGGUACUUUGCACAUCUGGAAGCCACUGAGCCUGACGACUACAAGACUCGCAUCGAGAACGUCAACGAACUGCUUGCUAUUGCUGCGCGCUUUGAUGCAGAAGGCCUCUCGGCCGCUGAAGUCGUUUCCCUUUCCACACAACGCGAUGCAAACCAAGCCCAAGCGCAAGCCACGACGCAAUCCGCUACUACGCCAAACCCUGCUGCUGCUGCGCCCGAGGCUCCUGCCAAAAAGCUGACUCUGAAAGAAAAAACAGCCCAGAAGGCACGCCAGUCCGCACUGUACCGAUCCGCUGUUGCAAUGACAAUGCACGGUUCGGGGCGUUCGAUCAGCGAAUUCGCCGAGCUCGUGUCGUUGCAGUCGAGCACGGACUCGGCCGAAACCGCCGAUGCCAUUGUCGUUUCGACUUUGCACGCUGCCAAAGGGCUUGAAUGGGCAUGCGUGUUUUUGCCUGGUGUCGAGGAGAUGAUGCUGCCACACUACAUGGCGGUCUCGACGGACAACCCUGAGAGCAUUGCCGAGGAGAAGCGCUUGCUGUAUGUUGGCGUGACGCGCUCGCAGUUUUUCGUCUACUUGUCUGCUUGUACCUCUCGGUACACUGGCGCGGGACAUGUGGUCUAUCCCGACCUCUCGCGAUUUCUUUCAUCCAUUGUGGAUUCGCCGCGCUUGCCCAAGAGUCUGCCCUUUAUCAACGACGACGUUAAAUCCGCGCUUCAGAAGGUGGUCAAGCGGCACGGGGACCAUGCCGCCCCUUCCAGCAGCGUCUCCGAUGCGAGCCUACGCGCGAUACGAAACUCAUCCUUUGUCUUGCGCGAAUCUGACGAGUCUGAGAUUGUCAACCCCGACUUGACCAAAGUGCUUGCUCUUGCACGUGCUGCAGCCAGAUCUGCAGCCAGAUCUGCCGCCGCUGCAGCAAUUGUUCCUUCUUUGGUCUCAUCAACGACUGCGCCGCCCGCUCUGUAUGAUUCUUCGACGUCCGCAUUCUCACCCGUGUCGACUUCUGCAAGCAAGGCUUUGCAAUCGAACGCUGGCAACGACGUCGACAUCGACGUCAAGGUCAAGGCCCACCAGAAUGAUGGCAGUCCGCAGCCAGCGAGCUCAAGCCAAAGUCUGGCUGUUCGACCCAACAGAGCGGUUUCGUUGCCCAGUACGUUGAACGCUGCCGCAAGCAAACCACUCAUCGAUCUUCAGGAUAGCGACGUUGAAUGCACCGAAGGCGAGGGCACGGAAUUGGUAAAGCCCAAGCAAUCCGAGAGUGAGUUGCUCUCGAACUAUGGCGGAUUUUCCAAAGCGGGAACAGGAGCGGCGCCUUCCAAAGGUGCACAUGGUGCGAAACCGAAAGCCGCUGGGAAGGCAGCCUCGGCAGGCUCACCCAAAUCGAACAAGUCCUUGCAGUCGGGGACGUCCUCUUCGUCGCCCAUGGUCGUCGAUGAUGACUCGGAGGCAGAUGAGACUGACCGACAGGCUGGACGCACAGGGUUGGAAAACAGCCCGCUCGUCAACACCAUCGAUGAUGGAGGAGCGACUGCCUCAAGUGCAAGUACAGCAAACACAUCUUUGCCUUCACCCCGCUCGAAGCGCAGAGCCGAGGAAGAUGCAGCAGUUGCGCGCGACGUUCCCCUGCGUCGUGGCCGUUCACUGGGCAUGAAGCGCCCGCGUCUCAUUCGCUGAGUUUUGACGUGUAUGUUUUCGUUUUCGUUGUGAUGGUUCAUGUUCCGUUGGAUGUUGUCUCAGUGCGGGAUUGCAAGUUAUACUGCAGCAUGUUGUGCGGUUGGGAAAUUUAGCACUGUUCGGAUCAUGCUCAACUGACAAAAUGGAAGGAUACGACGAGGAUGGUGUGACCCGAGAGAGUCUCAAGAAGUUCAACGUUCUAAUCAAACGUGUUGGAGAUC